UAGUAAUGUACCUGGUAAUUUCCUAUCUCCUGUACUUCUUUUAUCUUUUCUAUGUUUCUUCCUUAGUUCUAUUCUCAGAGUUUACAAAGUCUGAAUCUCAUAAGGAACUGUCUGAGCAUUUAACCAAGUCAUGUCAGAAACUGGAUCAUCAGACGGGUUAGGAAUUAACAGAACAGGUUAUCACUUUCAGUCCCCAAAAAACUGGAUUAACGACCCAAAUGGACCUAUGUAUUAUAACGGCAUCUACCAUCUUUUUUACCAAUAUAAUCCCAAAGCUGUUAUUUGGGAAAGUGCACUUUCAUGGGGCCAUUCUGUAUCAAAAGAUAUGGUCAACUGGUUUCGCCUUGAUGUUGCAAUGUCACCUACGGAAACGUAUGAUAUCAACGGGUGUUGGUCAGGCUCUGCCACUAUCCUCCCUGGUAACAAGCUGGUGAUGCUUUACACAGGCAUUGAUAUAAACAACGGACAAGUUCAGAACAUUGCCGUACCAAAGGAUUUAUCAGAUCCCUUACUCGUAGAAUGGGAAAAGCUAGACCAAAAUCCUGUUAUCUUGAGACCGGAUGACAUUACUCCGGAUAAGUUUCGAGACCCGACUACUGCAUGGUUAGGUGAAGAUGGGCAUUGGAGAAUUCUGAUAGGAAGCGAGAAAAACAACAAAGUGGCGGCUUUGUUGUUUAAAAGUAAUGACUUCAUGACAUGGACAGAAUCUGAAGAUGCAUUUCAUUCUGCUGAACCCCAUACCGGUAUGUGGGAAUGCUUGGAUUUUUUUCCAAUGUCACUGAAAGGGAAAGAAGCAUUAGACACUUCUGCAAAGGGAGACGAUAUUAAGUAUGUCUUUAAGGUGAGCAUUCAGGAUACAUUUACCGAUUUUUAUACAGUGGGGAACUAUUUUGUGAACAAUGGUGAGUACUAUAUACCUGAGAACACAGUAGGCGAUCCGUAUUCGCCAGUUACUGGUCUAAGAUUAGAUUAUGGCAAAUUCUAUGCAUCUAAAACAUUCUUUGAUGAGGCGAAAAACAGAAGGAUAUUGUGGGGAUGGGUCAAUGAGCCGGAUUCCAAUGCAGAUGCCAUUGCUAGAGGAUGGGCUGGUAUUCAGUCAAUUCCGAGGACACUGUGGCUGGAUAAAAAUGAAAGACAACUCCUACAAUGGCCAAUCACGGAACUGGAAACCUUGAGAACAAAUGAAGUGGAGUACACUAAAAAACUUCUGACCGAGGGAAAACACUUUGAAGUUGAAAACGUAACAGCAGCGCAGGCCGAUAUCGAAGUUACAUUUCGUAUACCGAAUUUAGAAAAUGCAGAAGUAUUUGAUCCUUCAUGGGUUGACGCCCAACAGCUCAGUGGUGAGAAAGGUGCUACUGGUAAGGGUGGGAUUGGACCAUUUGGAUUGUUAACCUUAGCUUCUAAAGACUUAGAAGAAUACACAGCAGUAUUCUUUAGAGUUUUCAGAGCUCAAGACAAGUAUGUGGUGCUCAUGGGUUCUGGUGGCAGCAGGUCAUCCUUAAGAGGAGAAGGACUACUACAUAAACCCACAUAUGGAGCAUUUGUGGAUGUUGAUUUGGUUGAUGGGGAAAUUUCUCUAAGAUGCCUGAUCGAUCACUCAGUGGUGGAAAGCUUCGGUGCCGGAGGAAAAGCUUGUAUCACAACUAGGACUUAUCCGACGCUUGCAGUAGGAAAAGAAGCCCAUCUAUAUGCAUUCAACUACGGAUCAGAGACUGUUGAGAUUGCAAAAUUAAAUGCCUGGACAAUGAAAACACCUGAAAUGAAUCUCAAUGACGGGAAAGCCUUGCUGCGCGAAUGAGAUUGUUGGAGCCGGAGUUACUGAACUGGUGGAAGUCGGUCUAUGAUAUAGCCGUCACUGUGGCUGUUUGUUUUUGUUUGGCCAGCUUGAGCUUGUUCUGUCUGUCAGUUGUGGUGGUGGUUGUUUUUCUUUUUCUGAGACUGAUUGGUUCUUUUUACGUUGGAUAAUCCGAGUCUCUUGGUGGCCUUGGUUUU